CCGGUUUUCUUCACGUUGAUACAUCAUGGGGUUUCGAGCCUAGUUUGUGUUUUUGCAUAGUAAUCAACCGGUGCCUUCGUCACAAUGUCAUCACAGCCUUCAGAAUCACCUAUAGGCCUACAUUUCGGCCAGGUUGUGAUCGGUCCACCUGGUUCAGGUAAAACCACCUAUUGUCGAGGCAUGCAAGAGUUUUUGAGUCGCCUAGGACGCAAAGUGGUGGUUGUUAACCUGGAUCCUGCCAAUGAAGGAUUGCCAUAUCCAUGUGCAGUGGACAUAUCUGAGCUUGUCACUCUUUGUGAUGUGAUGGACAGUCUAAAACUUGGCCCCAAUGGUGGACUAAUUUAUUGCAUGGAGUAUUUAGAGGCCAAUUUGGACUGGUUAGAGGACAAGCUGAAACACCACCGCAACUGCUAUUUCCUUUUUGAUUGCCCAGGACAGGUGGAACUUUACACUCAUCAUAAUUCGGUGAAGAAUAUAUUUACACAGCUUUCCAAGUGGAAUUUCAGGCUGACUGCAGUGCACCUGGUGGAUUCCCAUUAUUGCGCUGAUCCAGCCAAGUUCAUCUCUAUACUCUGCACAUCCCUGGCCACCAUGCUGCAUGUGGAAUUGCCACAUGUCAAUGUCCUUUCAAAAAUUGACCUUAUUGAGCAGUAUGGAAAACUUGCAUUCAACCUGGACUUCUACACUGAGGUUCUGGACUUGUCUUAUUUGGUGGAGCACUUGGCUUUAGACCCUUUUUUCAAGAAGUUCCAUCACCUGAAUGAGAAGUUGGCUGAAGUGAUCCAGGACUACAGCCUUGUGUAUUUUGUACCUCUUAAUGUGCAAGACAAGGAAAGCAUGACACAAGUUUUGCAAACUGUAGACAAAGCCAAUGGCUACUGCUUUGGGGACCUGGAGGAGAGGAACCUGCAGGUCAUGAUGUCUGCUGCUGUAGGGGCAGACUUUCAGUUCAGCUCAACUCUUGGAGUACAGGAGAGAUAUCUGGAACCCACUGAGAAAACUGUGGAUGAAGAAGUUAUGGAUUUGUGACCCUAUUUAUAUGGAUUAAAAAAAAACGUAUAGUAGUAAAAACAAACAAACUGUUUGUAGUUUGUAGAGCUGUCUGACCUCAUAAGCAGACACUGAUGGCAUCUUAAGAAAUGCUGGAUCAUGUUUGAUUUCUUUUUCACAAAGCAAAUUACAAAAAAACAUUUUUACAACAGAAAAUUCUUUUUUGCCUCCAAGUUAAAAUGUGUGUUCACAUAACACUUUAAAUGUUGUUUUAGACUAGUACUGUUUAUUUGCAGCUGUAACAGUAAAUGUAGACAUUGUCUUUAACAAAAAUGCAGAAGAUUAAUCAUUAAAAGAAGUGGUGUUAGAUACCUUUUUUAUUCAUCAUUUAGUUCACAAUAGACAACCUUUUUACAACUAACUACUAAUGUAAGUAGUGCUCAUCCAAGGGGCUCUUUAAAUUAAAAGUGUAAUGAAUAAUUGUGAAUAAUAAUAUACUAAUAUAAGAGAAAGAAUGGUUGGAUGAACAGGAAUAAAGAACAAAGUUUGUUUCUGUAUCUAAAGCACAGCACCACUGAUUUACAGUAAACCUAAACUUCAUUACGUGGAUUUGAGUGCACUGAAGGAUGAAGAUAAAGAUAGAUUCUUCUCAGAUUUAUAAAUGUUCAUCUCAGUGCUAGGCUCAUACGUGUUUUAUGCGGUGCUCUGGGAUAGGUUGUUCAGAUGACCAUGACAAAUAAAUAAAUGGGAUUCAAUAGUGUGCUAUUGAUAUAAAAUUUAAGUUAACAGUUUAAGUUCCUGCUUUUUAAUUAGUUAAUGUUUUCACUUUUAAAGCUACCCAGUAUUUUCUUACAAAAAGGAAGCUCGUUUGCUUUCACUUGCUUGGAAAACACAGUGUGGAUAUUUUAACAGAAUCACCAGUAGAGGUCACUGUCGUAUCGGCUACUUGUUCACGCAUCAUAGUAGUCAACAUUUCCUCGUUAAUCAUUUAAUUUAGGGAAUUUAAUUUCUGAUGUCACAGUUUUUUUCCGUGACCGAAUGGCAAAAGCAAAUGUAGUAUGGUGACACAAACAAAUAAUUACAUUGGUGUGAUAGAAAUGGAGAGGUUUUUUUAUUUAUUUUUUAAAUCAGUCAGAGCAGUCUUUAAUUAUUCACACCCCGUUGAAACAAAUAAUAAUAAUAUAAAACAAAUAAAAAAAUUAAAAAAAGCCUUGGAUGUUUUAUUGGUUUGGGCACAUUCUCUGUCCCGCUCUCAUGGAACUGAACGCGAAUUUUGCUAACUUAUGGCAGACAACCGUUCUCCAACUGGAACACCUUUCUAAUCAUGUGCAGUCUGGACCUUGAAAAGGCCUUCUCACACGCGGAAGAACACAGGAAUGCAUUGUACACGAGAGGGAGACAUGGCAACUAUGUUAGAUAGUGCUCAAUGUUUGCAUACGUUAUAUUUAAAGUGAAGUUUUUCUUGCCAGUGCUAGUUAAAUGUGACUUAAACAAUUGCGUUUGUGCACGAAACUGUAACAGCAUUCCUCAGGAAGGGUUUACCGAAACAGUCACCUCAUCUUAACGCAUACUUGUGCGAUCCGCGGAAGUAUUUCGGGGACAAAAAAUAAAGAGGCGUGCUUCGCCUCUUAGCGCACUCAGUUUGAGAAUCCUGCAAAACACGGCAAUGAAUAGGAAAACGGAUCAUGCGGUCUUUGCUAAUAUAUCAUUCUUAGACCCAUUAUUGGCGAUUACAAAUUUUCGAAUCAGUUAACAGAUAACUUAAUUUCUAACAAUAUAGUAGGACAAUAAUUUUUUUUAACAGCUAUGUUGGAAUACUCUAAAAUUGGUGAUGUUUUUUUAAACCAGUAACAAAUACAUCACGUGCGUUGCUUUUGCAAGAAGACAGUUGUGUUCAGGGUACAGUAUUUUAAACAACAUGUUAUGGACCCUGUCCUUGUAAUGACAAUUGACACUUCAUCUGAAGGGUUCAUGGCCAGCAGGAACCUACACUGUGCACUACUUAUAUUCAUACAUUACGUCUUUAUAAUUUUUAUCGCGCCUACAUGUGAGAAAAUUAUUUGAUGCUAUCACAUAUAUACAUGCAAUUAUAUUUACUGAGAUAUAUUUUUAUAGACAAUUUGAGAACUGAAAAAUAAUGUGCAGAUCUCAGUAAACUUGGUCUGUCACACACUCCCCACCCCCCACCACUUUGUCAGUGGAUAUAUUCAUGAUCCAGUCCACAUUUUAGUACAAUCUGCAAGGCAAAAACAGAAGGCAGACAGGGAAUGGAGUUAGCAAAAUGAAAUCUGUUUCUGCUUUACAAGGCCUGAGAGUGAACAAGCUUGACAUAAACCCAUACUUGCUGUAUUUAUCAUUUAGGGUGAUAAAAGAAAUGUGUUUUUUUGUGUGUGAUGGGAACUUCCACAAUUGCACUAAAAUAAAUUUUAUUUAGCUUUAAAGCUGCCAGUAAUUUUGCAGAAGAAAUAUUUUGGUCUGUGAUUUUUAAAUUAUGUGGACUGAAUUCUAUAGUGGUGACAGUGACACAGAAGAUAGGUCUUGUUUUCAUCUUCCUGUUACCAUGUUUUUUAAUUCCCCAAAACACAAAAUAGAGACAUUUAGUAAUUUGCUGGU